AUGACUAAUAACCCAACGCCAUCUAAACCAAACCCUAUGAAUAUUACUCUUACUAGAAAGUAUAAAGAAAUACAAGAUGGAAAAAAGACAAUUGAUACCGUAACUUUGAAAGCAAGCUCUAAUGACAGUUCAUUGUUGGAUAAUAUUAAACUCCAAAAAAUGUUAGACAAAAAAUGA